AAAAUAUUCCUAGAAAAUUCAGAAGGACCCAAGGGAAAAAAACAUAGGGAGUCACGUGGUGCAGCUCACGUGAUCAACUGUAUAGUCCUUUCAUCAUAACCUGCAAAGACGAUUUCAGUUUCUCUCUCUCUCUUUCAAAGCUCCCCUUUCGAAUUUCGAUCCGUGGUUCAAGGGUUUCAAAUUUCCAAUCCCUCCUUCGGAUUGUAGCUCUCUGCAUUCUUCGAUCAGACCCUCCGAUUCGUCGAGAUGAAGCUCACUGUAAAGACUCUCAAAGGCAGCCACUUCGAAAUUAGGGUUCAGCCCACUGACACCAUCAUGGCAGUAAAGAAAAAUAUUGAAGAUAUACAAGGAAAAGACAACUAUCCAUGUGGUCAGCAAUUAUUGAUUCACAAUGGAAAGGUUUUGAAAGACGAAAGUACUCUGACAGAGAACAAGGUCUCUGAAGAUGGUUUUCUUGUUGUGAUGCUUAGCAAGAGUAAAACUUCAGGCUCUAGUGGGACCACAUCCACUCAGCCUGCAUCCGUAACUCAACCGACCUCUAAUCCUACUCCUGCCACUGAAGCUCCCACACAAGCACCGGCCCCUGAAAGCACCUCGCCUGCUUCCAAUUUGGUUACAGCUAAUGGUCCUUCUGACACAUAUGAUCAGGCUGCUUCCAGUUUAGUUGCUGGUAGUAAUCUUGAGCAGACCAUUCAACAAAUAAUGGAUAUGGGUGGUGGCAGCUGGGAAAGAGAAACUGUUAUCCGUGCACUUCGAGCUGCUUACAACAACCCAGAGCGAGCUGUGGAUUAUUUAUAUUCAGGUAUUCCAGAAGCAGCAGAGGUUGCUGUUCCAGUGGCUCAUUUACCUGCAAAUCAGACAGCCUCUGGGGGGGUUGAAACUGGUGCGGCAGCAGGCGCACCGGUCUCUGGAGUUCCUAAUUCAUCUCCCUUGAAUUUGUUUCCUCAGGAAGCAGUUCCUGCCGGCGGUGCUGGUGCUGGACUUGGUCCCCUUGAUUUCCUUCGAAAUAGCCAACAGUUCCAAGCCUUGCGUUCAAUGGUGCAAUCAAAUCCCCAGAUUUUACAGCCCAUGCUUCAGGAACUUGGAAAACAAAACCCCCAACUUUUAAGACUUAUUCAAGAGCACCAAGCUGAGUUUCUUCAAUUGAUAAAUGAGCCUGUGGACGGUUCAGAAGGGGAUAUAUUUGAUCAACCUGAGCAGGAGAUGCCUCAUGCUAUUAAUGUCACACCAGCAGAGCAGGAGGCCAUAGAACGACUUGAGGCAAUGGGAUUCGAUAGAGCCCUUGUCAUCGAGGCAUUUUUGGCCUGCGACCGCAAUGAAGAAUUGGCAGUGAACUAUCUAUUGGAGAAUGCUGGAGAUUUUGAAGAUUAAUGGUAUAGUGAAUUUGACAUCGACGUGUUUGGAGUUUUUGUGAAGGUGGUGCAGCAUCACGAGAAAUUCAAUUGUUGUUGAUCAUCUCAUAUGAUUUUCAGUAUUUAUGCUAAUGAUUGGAUGGUUGUCCGUGGGGGUUGAUAGGCUUUACUUUUCCAAGAAGGCUAAUUGGGAUUGUGCGGGGCAGUCGAUUUGGUUUUUAUGACAAUUCUUUGCGCUGUUUGUAGUGUCUUAUGUUUUCUAACCCAUUUUUACAGAAAAUUGAGUUUGGAAAUCUAGAGCACUUGAGAGCA